UUCAAUCGGAGAACCGAAGAAUGGCGAAAGAGAAAGAGACUAAACGACCAGUUACUUCUACGGUCUCGUCCAAAUAUCGCCGGCCGCUGCACAAUUUCCGGUUUCCGCCACUGAAAUGGGGCACCAAUCACCCCAACCCCCUAGGCUUCCGCAAGCAUUCCGAUUCAGCUCGAAAAGAAUCGCCUCAAAGGGACACUCCUUUUAGACCCCCGUCUCCAUCAAACGACCAUGGGAGUUGUAUCGUAAAUGAAGGCCUUCCUGUCGCAGUCUCGUCUUCUUUUCAAGCUUCUUCCGAUCAUGGUAUUGUGGGUUCGAAGAAAAAUAUUUCAGACGAGAGGGGAAGAAAUGUGCUGCGUUUCCGUACCAAGAAAUGCGGCGAAGGCAAGAACGACAGAGAUAGUGAUGUGGUGGCUGCGAGAACCGGCGGUCGGAGCUUGAAUUCAGUUGAAGAUGCUGACGAGAAUCCAAAGAUACGGAAUUUGAAGCCGAGGAAAGUGGAAUUCAAGAAAUCAGUCGGGAAUGUCGACGAGAACCCCCUAGGCUUCCGCGAGCCUUACGAUUCCGCUCGAACUGAAUCGCGUCAACGGGACACUCCUUCUAGACUCGUAUCUCCAUCAAAAGACCAUGGGCGUCGUAUGGUAAAUGAAGGCCGCCCUGUCGCCGUCUCGUCUUCUUUUCAUGCUUCUUCCGAUCAUGGUAUUGUGGGUUCGAAGAAGAAUAUUUCGGACGAGAGGGGAAGAAAUGUACUGCGUUUCCGUACCAAGAAAUAUGGCGAAGGCAAGAACGACAGAGAUAGUGAUGCGGUGGCUGCGAGAACCGGCGGUCGGAACUUGAAUUCAGUGGAAGAUGCUGAAGAGAAUCCAAAGAUACGGAAUUUGAAGCCGAGGAAAGUGGAAUUCAAGAAAUCAGUCGGGAAUGUUGACGAGAACCCCCUAGGCUCCCGCAAGCAUUACGAUUCCGCUCGAACUGAAUCGCAUCAACGGCACACUCCUUCUCGACUCGUAUCUCCAUCAAAAGACCAUGGGAGUCGUAUGGUAAAUGAAGGCCACCCUGUCGCAGUCUCGUCUUCUUUUCAUUCUUCUUCCGAUCAUGGUAUUGUGGGUUCGAAGAAGAAUAUUUCGGAAGAGGGGGGAAGAAAUGUGCUGCGUUUCCGUACCAAGAAAUACGGCGACGACAAGAACGAUAGCGAUAAUGAUGCGGUGGCCGCGAGAACCAGCGGUCGGAACUUGAAUUCCGUGGAAGAUGCUGAAGAGAAUCCAAAGAUACGGGAUUUGAGGCCGAGGAAAGUGGGAUUCAAGACAUCAGUCGGGAAUGUGAAAGCUGACGGAGGUGUUUCGAGAAUCGGUGGAGCGGUGCAGCGGGUGGAUCAAGGAAAAUCGAGCCAGACAGAGUCGACUCGGUCUAGGACUAAGCCAAAGGAGAACACGAACACGAACACGAAGUUCUCUGUUGCUCUCAAGAAAGAAGAGAUCGAAGCAGAUUUCAUUGCAAUGACCGGGUCGAACCCAUCCCGUAGGCCAAGAAAGAGAACGAAGAGACUGCAGAGACGACUAGAUUCUUCGUUUCCGGGAUUGCGUUUGGACACCAUUACACCUUCUUCUUACGAAGUUUCUGACAAGCCUAAAAACUGUAUGGUCAAUGGAAAUCCAAGAGCUUGAUUUAUUAUUCAUGUCCAUAGAUGUGAAAAUGUUACUGUUAACUGUUCUUGUCAUUGAUAUAUUUUGGAAUUUGUGGGAUGCUGAGGGUUGAUCUUUGUUGCCUGUAGGAAGGAGGAGAUGAGAGAUUCAUAUUCGUUGUGAUUCUUCUGUACAUGUUUGAAAGGUAAAGAGCAAUUUAUGUAAAGAACAAAGCUAGGGAUUUUUUUUCUUUCUUUGGGCUGCCUUUUAUCUUUGUUGCAACUGCAAUCGGCCUUAGCCCUUGAGGGGGAUAUCAGAGUUUAGUCCAUGUUAAUAAUAGUAGUUGAGAUGAAUAAAUUCA